CCGACUCGGCCUUGUCGUCGCUCCCAGCCAAGUCCGUCUACAGCCAUCCGCCGGGGAUGGAUACGCUUGGUCGGUCACGGAAUCCAAAAAGAGUUUACUGCAGUCGAACUUGGGCAGUGGAAGUGUCGGUUUGUAUCGGUCUAUUUGUGAAGAAUUGGGCCGGUCGCUCGAGGCGGUCACUCCGCAGACGCUGCGGGUUGCCCAUUCCGAACGGGAUCACCUGGCAAAAGAAAAGACGCUGUCGGCCCAGAGCGACGAAAGAGAAAGUGGUUCAUUCACGGCAAAAAUCCGCGAAUUGGAAUUCGCCAACCGUGAAUUAAGCGGCGAGCUUGACCGCACCCGCAUGCAUGUGGAGGACUCCCUCAGCGAAAAGAACAAGAUGCAGGUAGAAAUACUUCGGCUCCAGGACGAACUUGGCGGUGUGUCCUCUCGAGCCAGUCACUUGGAAAACGAGUUGGAUCGUGUCACCAGGGGAAUAAGGGAGGCAAUGCACGUGUUGCAGGUCCAUCAGAUUCAGGGGGGAAGCGCGUCAGAGCAUGAAACGAGACCAGAUGAGUCUGUUGAAAGCGUGGAUGGCGUGCUGCUGGAAACACCGACGGUCUCAAUGCGCGUCGCGUCUUGA